GACGCUUAUGGUUCCUACCGGCUGCUUCCACAUUUUGCAGGAUGUUAGAAAGCACAGAUGAUAUUUGACUGUUUUGGCGCUUCAGAAAUUGGAUACAAUUGCUGACAGAUUGUCAUGUGAGGAUGUCUUCAUUAGUUGCCUACGAGGACUCUGAGUCUGAGGAUGAUUAUUUGGAUCAAAAAGAGGGAGAAGGAUCUGCUUCUGUCCAAACUGAGUCUUGUGAACAGGCAAAAGACAACCAAGAAGUCAGGGGAAGUCAUUUUUUUGAGGUAACGCCAAUCCCUCACAUCUUCACAUCUGACCCUGACAAGACAAUGUUGGAAUCACAACCACUGCAGAGCUGCUUUGACAGGGAAGAUAAACAUUUUAGAGCAACUGCAGCUCCUCUCAGUUUAUCUGGUACUCAGGGGAAGCACCCAUCACUACGGACUCUUCCUCACAUGGCACAAAGCUUUGGCGAUGGUUCAAACACAGCAAAAAGACCUCACACUGUCAAACCUGGUGUCAGACCAUACAUUCCCAAGAGACAGAGACAUUUCACUUCAUUAGAGAAAGCAGACACAAAGUAUAUGGCUGAGCAAGCCCCAGAGACUCAGACCAGGGACAGCCAAAUUCUCUCAGAUGUGUCGCCAAAAGUGAAGCCAUAUCUUCCUCACAAGCCAGGAGCUGCAGGGAUACCAAGGAGGCUUCUGAUGAGCUUGGGAGGCCACCAGGGUCCAGUAAACACAGUGCAGUGGUGUCCAGUACCUCAUCUCAGUCAUCUGCUGCUGUCUGCCUCCAUGGACAAGACUUUCAAGGUGUGGGAUGGAGCAGAGAGCGGACGAUGCCUGAGGGUUUACACCUGCCAUUCAGGAGCUGUGCGAGAUGCAUGUUGGACCCCCUGCGGCCGAAGCCUCCUCACUGGCUCAUUUGACAACACUGCUGUGAUCACAGACGUAGAGACAGGGCAGCAAGUAGUUAAAUUGGACAACGGAUUCAAGGUGAUGUGUCUGGCCUUACAUCCCAGCAACCCUGAGAUAUUCCUGACUGGAGGUUACAGUUCAACAGUUAAGGCCUGGGACUCUCGCAGCAGCAAGAUGGUGGCAGUGUACAAAGCAGGAAUCCAGCAGACCUUGGACAUUCUGUUUCUGAGAGGUGGUGCGGACCUCAUAAUAAGCUCUGACUGCGUGAGCAGAGACUCUGCGGACCGCACCCUCAUCGCCUGGGAUUUUCAGACCACAGCCAAGGUCUCCAACCAGAUCUACCAUGAGAGGUACACGUGUCCAAGCCUGGCUCUCCAUCCGAUGGAGGAGUCCUUCGUUGCCCAGACGAAUGGGAACUACAUUGCAGUGUUCUCCUCCCAGCGGCCCUAUAGGAUGAACAAGAGGCGGCGAUACGAAGGACACAAGGUGGAGGGAUACGCGGUGCAGUGCGAGUUCUCUCUGGAUGGAACUAUGCUGGCCUCCGGGAGCUCCACUGGCUCCGCUCACUUCUACGACUACCAAAACACUCGUAUGCUGCACACCCUCCAAGCCCACAGCCAGCCCUGCCUGUGUGUGUCUCAGCAUCCUGUCCUGCCCGAGACUGCGGCCACUUGCGACUGGGCAGGCGAGAUCAAGAUCUGGCACUGACAACUCUGAAUGUGAAUACAGACUUUAAAAGUUAUAAGAAGUAACAGAUUGGCCAAAAGAAUGAGAUGGAAAACUGUAUUAAACUGGAAACUCACGAGCACAUUCAUUUUACAUUCAUUUCCCAUAAUCUCUUGGCAAAAAAUACCUGAGUGGUCAAGGGAGGCAAAUGAGAAGAAGCACGAAUCCAGGGUGACGUUUCAGCAUGAAGCAUAUAUUUUACUCUGCUCUGUGAGCAACAGAUCUGCCCAACACCUUUCAGCAUCACCUACACACUGCAUUUACAGGGUUACCUCAACACAUAAAAAACAGUAUAUCUGUACGUAGAUCCAUUACCAGAAAUACAGAAUAUACAAUCUUAAUAAAUAUUUACACACCCAAAUCUAAACCUAGUAAAUAUAUUACACACAUAAAUACAUUUCAGUAAAACCAAACCCCUUUCCCGCUUGUUGUUACCCUCCUGGAACUAUUAAAAGGUGUGUGAGCCCCCGGGAAUUCUUGCCCAAGCACCCUGGGAAAAGGAUGACAUGCAGAGAGGUAAGUUUAUGCAUGACACAGACACAUUUCAAUUUUACUGUUAGGAUUAGCGUAGCAUGAGUCUUACACUGUACUCCUCAAUUAACAAAUGAUUUGCUACAAUUGAGUCAUAAAUCAAUGCAUGUUAUUUGCUCAUUCACAGGCGAACGACAAGGUGGAACAGCCAAGCGUCCCAGUUGUCAAACAUCAGACU